AUGAGGGUUUGUAACAAGUUCGGCGGAAGUUACUCACAAGUGGAGCGUCGACUGAGAAGUGGAAUGAGCCGAGAUGAAAUUCUUUCCGAGGCAAAGGAGCUCUACAAAUCUGAGAACGAGACGGCAUUCAAUCUCGAUCACUGUUGGGUGAUCUUAAGAGAGCACCCCAAGUGGCAGGCUACUCAGCAAGAGAACGAUCUCAAAGCCAAAAAGUCAAAGGAGGCAAGUAGCACACCUGAAACCGACGAGGCUGUGCCAUCAAGCCCCCAAGCUGGUACUCAACCCGACGACGAGGACGAGCAAUCAAACCGUAGCGUCCUGGGAUCCGAAUCGCGUUGUAAGACUCAAGAGUGGUUGUGA